AUGAUAUGGGGCUUCAUGGUGCAUGACCAGAAUGUGACGGCUAGGAUCGAAGAAAUCGGACGGUCCGUUUUGAAUUGCUGUAAUCGGACGGUCCGAUUUUUUGCUGGGAAGGGAUCUAGAAUGUUGCAAUGUGACCACUACAUGCCGCCGGAUCGGUACAAUCCAAUAGCGGAGGGGUUUUUACGGGACACCGGUUUUUAUUAUGUUUCACAGAUUGGAGUUGUCCAAUGUCAGGCGGCAUUGGUUAAUGCUUUGAUUGAGAGAUGGCGCCCCGAGACUCACAGCUUCCAUUUUCCGGUUGGUGAGUGUGCUGUGACACUGGAGGAUGUGGCGUUAAUUUAUGGUCUUCCGACGAAUGGUUUGCCAGUUACGGGACCGACACUGAGUAGUUAUGAGGCGUUAGAGGCUGAAUGCUUGGAUCAGUUUGGUGUUGCACCUAGGCAGGCAGACUGUAGGGGAAGUUUCAUCAAGUUGACGUGGUUUCGAGCAUUGAAGGAUCGGUUAGUGUUGGUUGAUGAUAUCCAGAUUCAGAGGUACGUGAAGUGCCACAUAAUGUUAUUGUUUGGAACCGUUAUGUUUGGAGAUAAGUCUGGAGCAGGGGUGCACUGGAAGUUUCUCCCAUUACUCCGUAACUUUGCCGGGAUAAUACAGUUCAGUUGGGGUUCGGCAUGCCUGGCACACCUGUACAGAGCUUUGUGUAGGGCAACUCGUGUCGACUGUAAGGAGAUUGAUGGUCCGUUGACACUCUUGCUUGCCUGGGCUUGGAUCCGCCUACCGUUCCUUGCGCCGAUUCCCACCACGUUGACGACAUCUACUAUGACUGUGGCCCUCGGCCCCGCAUUGCUUACAUCGCCUAGGACCACGCAACAUCCGAGUGUCCAUCUCAUUCAAGAACCGGGUCAUCCUUGGCCGACCUUUGGAUACCCGUCUUAG